CCUUCUGGGUCUGUAGACUUUUCAGCCAUCCUUUACGCGCACAUCGCCCAGUCACAUUUCUCUAUAAAGUCACAGUUUCUAAGUACAGCAUCUAAAAACAGCCACUUGCAUUUGAUUUUUUUGCAAAUUGAGGACGAAAUUCUGAACAGACGGAGCAUCAACAACUUUAUUUUUGUGUUUUUUCCUGCUCUUUUUUCUGCGUUUUUAGGAGUCCAGUUUGGCACUCACUCUGUGCGCCCUCAUAGGCUGUCACUGCAGUCUUUGGGCACAACACUUGGAUUUAGAAAGAAGGAUUUUCUUCUUUUUUUUUUUUACUACGAGAAGCUUUUCGUUAAUUUUUUCGCAUGAAUCUCCUCGAUCCUUACCUGAAGAUGACAGAAGAACAGGAGAAGUGUCACUCUGACGCUCCCAGCCCCAGUAUGUCUGAGGACUCCGCGGGUUCACCGUGUCCGUCCGGGUCCGGUUCGGACACUGAGAACACCCGGCCGUCUGAAAACCACCUCCUCAGGGGUCCAGACUACAAGAAAGAGACGGAGGAAGAAAAGUUCCCCGUGUGCAUUAGAGAUGCGGUGUCCCAGGUGUUGAAGGGUUACGACUGGACGCUGGUGCCCAUGCCAGUGCGCGUCAACGGAUCCAGCAAGAACAAACCUCACGUCAAAAGACCCAUGAAUGCGUUUAUGGUCUGGGCUCAGGCUGCAAGGAGGAAACUGGCCGAUCAAUACCCACAUCUUCACAACGCGGAACUCAGCAAAACAUUGGGCAAACUUUGGAGGUUGCUUAACGAAGUAGAGAAGCGCCCGUUUGUGGAAGAGGCUGAGCGUUUAAGAGUGCAGCACAAGAAAGACCAUCCCGACUAUAAGUAUCAGCCAAGGCGGAGAAAGUCUGUCAAGAACGGACAGAACGAGCCAGAGGACGGAGAACAAACCCACAUCUCCCCUAAUGCGAUCUUUAAGGCACUGCAGCAGGCCGAUUCUCCUGCGUCCAGCCUGGGAGAGGUGCAUUCUCCAGGAGAGCACUCUGGCCAGUCCCAGGGACCACCGACACCCCCCACCACCCCUAAGACAGACCUCCCCACCAGCAAAGCUGACCUGAAGCGUGAGGGUCGCCCUGUGCAGGAGGGCACCAGUCGCCAACUCAACAUCGACUUUGGGGCCGUGGACAUCGGCGAGCUGAGCAGCGACGUCAUCUCCAACAUGGGGAGCUUUGACGUGGAUGAAUUCGACCAGUACCUGCCGCCCCACAGCCACGCCGGGGUGACCGGUGCAGCCCAGGCCGGCUACACCAACAGCUACGGCAUCAGCGGCUCCUCUGUGGGCCAGAGCGCUGGCGUCGGGCCCCACGGCUGGAUGUCCAAGCAGCAGCAGCAACAGCAGCAGCAGCAGCAGCACUCACUGACCAACCUCGGUGGGGGAGGAGAGCAGGUUCAGCAGGGUCAACAGAGAACCACCCAGAUCAAGACAGAGCAGCUGAGCCCCAGUCACUACAGCGAGCAGCAGGGCUCCCCACAGCACGUCACCUACGGCUCCUUCAACCUGCAGCACUACAGCAACUCCUCGUACCCCUCCAUCACAAGAGCACAAUAUGACUAUUCAGACCACCAAGGGGGGGCCAACUCCUACUACAGCCACGCGGCCGGCCAAGGCUCUGGCCUCUACUCCACCUUCAGCUACAUGAGCCCGAGCCAGAGGCCAAUGUACACUCCGAUCGCCGACACCACUGGGGUCCCGUCGGUGCCCCAGACCCACAGUCCACAGCACUGGGAGCAGCAGCCCAUUUACACACAGCUGUCCAGGCCAUGAGGAGACCAGCCUCAGCAGUGACUGUUUAACACCCACCCCAUGUAUAAACCUCAGCUACCCCAGUGACUUUUUGUGCCACCGUUCCACAUUGUUCAUUGCCAACAGAAAAACAUGACAUGGACUUUUUAUAUUCUGAAAAUAUAUCUUUGGAUUGGCUCACGACAGUGCCUUUUGUAUUGGUUGGAAUUGUGAUUAUAUUUUUUUAGAUAUAAUAUUAAAAAAGUUAAAUCCUCUGUGAGGACAUACUGGUUAUAAAUAUUUUAGUAUGUACUGUGUAUGUGUUCUGCUCCUGUCAUCAUCAUCAUCAUCAUUAUAAUCAGUGUCAUAAGCAUCACCAUCAUCAUGAUUUGAAGGUUUAACAUGAGCAGGAUUGGCGGGUACAAACACCCUCAGUGGCCUUACUUCUCCCUGAUGUAUUUUUGUACAGGAAGUAAGAAACAUCUGUAAAGAAUCUGUUUACUGACACUGCCGUCUUAUGAUAGACAUUCUACGUUCUGCUUUUAAUUUUUUUACUGUACAUAUUUUAUUGUAAUUCCCAUAAGAUGCAAGAACCGAGGUUCAACAUAGAUUUGAUUUUUUUUGGCCGUGUCAUCAGUGAAUUGGUCGACUAUUUGACUUCUUGCUCUUUGCUUUAGCUCAAAUUAUUGUGUUGGAAGUGCUACAGCAGGUGCCAUGUAAUUCUACUAGAGGCCUUACUGUGUUGCUAGAUGUAACUGAGCAAUGCUUGCUUUUAUCUGGGUGCUGCCUUGAUACCAUUGUUGCCUCUGGAGCCACUGUAGGGAGGCUCCAUCCACUGGCAUUGCAGUGUCAAAACCACAGCAUAGUUCUGACUUCAGCUUGAGGAGUUACAGGAAGUGACCUUUGACCUGAUUCUCCCCAGCAGCCAGCACCUCUGAGUCUGGCGUGCUUCUAUAAUUCCUCCAAGCCCUCUCCUUUUCUUAACCCUUUUCUUAAUUUAUUCUUUAGCAUUAAUUUUAUUUGAAAGUAACUAUUUGCAAUUAUCUUUUUAAUUCCGCAGCAGCUAACUGAGAUGAAGUUUUCAGUGGAAUAGUUUGCUGUCAUUUGUGGUACAGAUUUGUUUAUUUAUCAUUUGUAAAUGUUUCCGUAUAAAAGUUUCUUCUAUUCAUGAUCUAGUUAUGUACAGAUUACUUUUCACAAUGAAUCCUUCUCUAGAAAAGAAAAACUGGAAGUUUUCUCUUUUUUUUCUUUCUAACAAAUGAAUUAAUGGAUAUGGAAGCUGUGGCUGUUAUUGAAUUUGCUGGAAUCAACUGGAUACUUUUUGUUUUUAAAAAAAAAAAGUUGUGUUCCUUAUUUUAUAUUCUGUAUCAUUAGUUCUCAUUGUGUCAACUUCCUAAUGCAGUUUCCCUAGGUAAAAUGGCAUUGUCUUAAAAGCUUAUCUUUUGUAUUAUAUUGUUUGCAAUAAAAUCAAAACACUGA